UAAGAACAAGUGGAAGACUGCAGGAUUGUUGGGGAGAGCCUGAGCUAUCCACGCUCCCUACAGAGCAGUCAGCAGGAUGAUGUGGGCCUGCUCCUCCCAGGCUCCUCGCUGCACUGGCUAACACACAUCAGCCCUUCUGUCUCCCUCCAGGGCCCAAGAUGUCCCCUGGGGUAUUGUGGGUGGCCAUGCUUAUGCUGUUCCUGCUGGCCUACCCCACAAGGGAGAAGCCUCUGCAGAGUUGGGGACAAAAAUCCUCCGGAGGAAAUGUCCCCAGCUCACUGGGGUUGCCCAAAGGUGGACAGGAAGGUAUCUUUGAUCUGAAGAUGUUCCUGGAAAACAUGAAGGUGGAUUUCCUGCGCAGCCUCAACCUGAGUGGCAUCCCCUCCCAGGACAAAACGAGAGCGGAGCCGCCCCAGUACAUGAUUGACCUGUACAACAGGUACACCACUGACAAGUCAUCCACUCCAGCCUCCAACAUCGUGCGGAGCUUCAGCGUUGAAGAUGCUGUCUCGACAGCUGCCACAGAGGACUUCCCCUUCCAGAAACAUAUCCUGCUCUUCAACAUCUCCAUCCCUAGGCAUGAGCAGAUCACCAGGGCUGAGCUCCGUCUCUAUGUCUCCUGUCAAAACCACAUGGACUCCUCUCAUGGACUGGAAGGAAACAUGGUUGUUUAUGAUGUCCUAGAUGGAGAUGACACCUGGGAUGGUGCCUCGGGGACCAAGACCUUCCUGAUAUCUCAGGACAUUCGGGAUGAGGGCUGGGAGACCUUGGAAGUAUCUAGUGCAGUGAAGCGGUGGGUCAGGGCAGACUCCACUAUGAGCAAGAAUAAGCUGGAAGUGAUGGUAGAGAGUCACAGGAAGGGCUGUGACACACUGGACAUCAGUGUCCCUCCAGGCUCCAAAAACUUGCCCUUCUUUGUUGUUUUCUCCAAUGACCGCAGUAAUGGGACCAAGGAGACCAGGCUGGAGCUCAGGGAGAUGAUUGGUCAUGAGCAGGAGACCAUGCUUGGGAAGACACCCAAAAAUGGCUACCAGGAGGCAGGCGGGAGCCAUGAGGAGGAGGAGGAGGAGAUAGAGGGCCACAUGGCUGUGGGGUCAAUUUUAGCCAGAAGGAAGAGGAGCACUGGAGCCAGCAGCCACUGUCAGAAGACCUCUCUGCGUGUGAACUUCGAGGACAUUGGUUGGGAUAGCUGGAUCAUUGCACCCAAGGAAUAUGAUGCCUACGAGUGUAAAGGGGGCUGCUUCUUCCCACUAGCAGAUGACGUGACACCCACAAAGCAUGCCAUUGUGCAGACCCUGGUGCACCUUAAGUUCCCCACAAAGGUGGGCAAAGCUUGUUGUGUGCCCACCAAACUAAGUCCCAUCUCCAUCCUCUACAAGGAUGACAUGGGGGUGCCCACCCUCAAGUACCACUAUGAGGGGAUGAGCGUGGCAGAGUGUGGGUGCAGGUAGUAGCUGCACCUGGGGUUGGGAGGUAGGGCAGGGAAGAGAUCCUGACAUCCCCCUGGGCAUGACAGAGGCUACAUGAACCUGCAACCAUCCCAGAGAAACAAGGAAGCCACUACCCUCCUGUGCCCAGUGGGUUCCUCUUGUGGAUUGACAGCGACUGGAAAUGUAGGUCUGUGGGCAGAAUAGGAGACCUUGGGAGGGUUGCCGGGUAGAAAUAUGAUGAAAAGGAAACAAAAGGAAAGAUGACCCAGGAACAGAGGAAAACCGAAUAGAAAGUAGCCAAGGAUAUGGGUGUUAUGCAGAGAUUCAUGGGAACUGCAAGGUUGCACAAGCCAGGACUCACUCCAGUAACCUCAGGAGUGAAGGAAGGAGGAGGCUUCACCUGUCAUUUCAUGUUAUUUCCCAUACUCCACUGAGAUGGUCAUCACAGCCUCUGACUAUCAAUUGUAGAAAUCAAGAACUCAUAAGGCUAGUUACUCCUACUCAGUGGAAGGAUUCUACCCCAAGUUUUAGGCCCCAAAGGCUAGGACCUUUCAAAGCUCCCACACCGUUUAGCAGGACACUCACUGUGUCCUGGUAGGGUCACUACAUGGAGGGCCCAGUGUGAGGCUAGAUGGGACUGAGCCUACUCCAUAGCCAGCAGUGUGAGUGGGCUGCUUGUUAUAUGCUAGAACAACCUGCUUGCUGCAUGCAUGUGCUCAUUUUGUGGCCAUGUACUUUCUGAGAUCACUUCUUUACUGAAAAACUGUCCCCAAACCAACCACAUGGUGGAGAGAGGCAGUCCAGGACUUUAGCUCUCUGACACACAUUGGGGUCUAAGCUGCUUUGACCGCUGGUUCAGUCCUCAUAUGAUCAAGCAUCAUAUAGAGUCGCUUGUAGUCCUGAAGGGACAGCCUAUGAUCUGAAGUUAUCUACUCAGCAUGGCUAGCUACCCCAAGUAGGAAUGUCUCCCAUCCAAGGAGACCACAGAGGACAAGGCUGGGAUUCCAAUUUGUUGGGAUCAAAUGUGUUCUUGGUUUAUUAUUUGAAACUCCGUAUUUUUAUUCCUUGGUGACCUGCAGUCAAGUGACAAGAGGUCCAGUCCUACUGAGUGAGGGCUCCCAGCAUCUGAAUUCAGUUCCUCAUUGACUGCCACCAACACUGCCUGAACCUGCCAACUUUCUUGAGUAAUGUGUAUCUGGCUCCACUGGGCCCCAGGAAGAACAGAGUUUCUAUUUCCUAUGCUUCAUCCUCUUACCGGAUCCUUCUGGCUGCACAUGAGACUGGAUGGUGUAAGGAAGAGCCUGGUCCCCGAUGGCUUGCUGACCUCUGGCUAGGCAGGUCCCAGAGAGGCUGGGGGACACCUGCGCCACUUCCAUUGAUUCAUGCUCCCACAAAUUUUCUUAAAAUGGUCUGUGUUAAAUGUUUACAUGGAAUCAAUGAACAACUUUUAACACAAAAAACAGAGGAGCAUCAUUGUUUAAUUUGUGAAGUUAGAGAAAAUAUGAAUUCAUGGUAUAUACCAGGCAGUGUGGUAUGACAACACUCUUCAUGGUUGCAUGAUGGGUAGUAAUGUCUUCUUCCAGUCCUAAUGAUGUUGUUUCUCUCUCUCUCUCUCUCUCUCUCUCUCUCUCUCUCUCU